AUGAUAACGAUAGCUCCACUGAAUGGAUUCAAAAGAGGAGGAAACGGAAGACAUUAUGCUGAAAUCACACAGUCAUUUCAUCCUCACAUCGAAGCUUCUAUUACACAUGCUAUCACGGAUACAGUGGUCGAAUGGAGGCGACAUUUGUUAGACGGUCGACAUCAACCUCUUGACUCGAGUUCUGUUGCUGCACGAAAUCUUGUAACGAUCUUCGAUUUUUUUCUUUCUUACGGGUUUAACAGAGGUAACCGUUUAUACUGGGUAUUUGUGAAAGAGUUCAUGUCGCGCAACGAAAUUGACUAUCUGAAACGGGAAUGGCGUGUCACUUCAACACGACAGCUGUCGGUUGCGUGGCUCAAGGAUGUUCUCAAUAAGCAAACAUUAUUAUAUCACUUUCAGUCUUUUCAACAAGAUAUAGAAACUGUUCGAAAGUUCUACCACAAAGAAGCUGUGAUGACGGAUCAAUUCCUGCUUUCUCGUGUUGUCCAAAAAAUGAUAGCUUUUACCGAAGUACAGUUCAAAUUUUUGAAACCUUUUGAAAGACGUAACAAUAUUCCAAUAGCAAUAAUGCGUCAUGGUAAUCAGCGACCGUCAACAUCAAGUUGCAGUUCGGCUGUUUUAUGCAGAUAUUCACGUGAAUUAGAGAGCCGUUCGGCAAUUCCCCAAGAAUCUCGAUUACAAUUUUCAACACAUUCUCAGGAUGUCUCACCAUUAUUGCUUGAUGUACCAUUACCGGCUGAUUUUGUGGAAACUCAUACUACAUCAUUUGAUGAAGAUAUCGCUGUGCCAGAAAACGACUCGGUAAAUGGGAAUGUUCAGGAUCAAAUUUUCGGUGAAUUGCUGAAGCGUAGAAAGCACUGUUGUCUUUCAAAAGAAGAUGCAUUAAAAAACACUGUGGAUGAAGAAAAACAUACCGUCAGUAGUGCUGUUGUUUCAACGGAUCCUUUCGAUAUAGCACUGAAAACAAGCUUGUCAAAAGCGAAAUUGUCCGUAGAGGAUAUUCACUUUAAUGAAUGUGAAUACAGGACAUCGCCGAUAACAACGUUAGUCGAUCUUCCAUGUGGCGAAAUAAGGUUGGAUAUGGGUGAAAUGAUUGGCCUUAGCAUGAAUGUUUUCAAGCACGACGCCGAAAGGUUUAUGCGUUUGUUCCAGGUGUAUUCGCAUUUCGGUACAGGAGAAAUCGAAAGGCGAUUAUUUGCUCUCUCUAAUCAGGCAGCUUAUUUGUUAUCUGCAGAAAAUUUUAUAACUUCUAAAAAGUCAUAUGUUACACGUGCGUAUCUACCACUCCGGUAUAUCAGUAGUGUUCAUGUUGGUCCAGACUGGCAAGUGAUGUAUCUGCAUGCUGAGAAAGAUUACAAUGUAUGCGAAGCUGAAGAUGAUAAGUUCUUAUCAGUCAUGGAAAUAUGCGCGGCAUGUAGACAGCUUGGUAUCACCAUUUUGGAUGCUCUGAAUUAUGCAUAUGAGAAUUAUGUGUCAAAUUUUCAACUCGAUAAAAUAAAAUUAAAAGUUUGCCCUGAUCCCACUCCACAGUAUCUUAUUCGUUUCAUAUCCAAGGAGUUGCAUAAGGAUGCACCAGUUCUCUACGGAUAUUAUCUUGCACAAUGGAGACAAAUGAAGCUAUAUAGCAUGAAUGGAGACGGUUAUCAGCACAGUGGUUUUUUGUAUCAUAAAGAAGUUGGGGGUGGCGUUUCGUGGCUGCUUGGCUCAGGCGAUUUCCAGCAGAGCUACUUUCAUUUGCAAAAUAAAAAAAUUUAUCAGUUUUCCGACUCUACAUGCAAAUUUGGUGAACGUGUUAUAUCUAUCAGAGAUUCAGUUAUUGAUGUAGUUGAACUCAAAGGUGAUGACCGUUCACCACAUAUGUUCGAAGUCGUUCUUAAAAACAGCAGAAUCCAGUUCAUAUGUCAGAGCGCUACUGACAUGCACAAAUGGAUAUCACUAAUAACUCUUGCAAUCACUUCUACGGACAUGGAUGAUGAGCCAGCAGCCUGCGUAAUAUGCUUAUGCGAAAGUAUUUUAAUAGCCCAAGAGGGGUUGAACUGUGCAGCUGAUGGAUUCAUGAGAUUGCUGGCUCGCAUUGACAUGGCACAUAUAUCCCAAGCCACGGGAGUAUUUGCUGCUGAACGCUCAGCUUGUGUAAUCAAAAAUGAAGAUAAGUUGGAGUGGUUAUUUAUGAGAUCGCCAGACGAAGUCGACCGCAUGUUAGAACAACUAAAUAAGCUUGGGGUAAGGCAAAUUAAUACAGAAGAAGGUGGUUCAUCUCGAUUGUCCGCAAUUCUAAAUUCGAUGUCGCGCCUUAAUGAUGCUUUCCAGUUCGAUGAUGUUGUGUCGGACGAUACGUUUGAUACAUCACUCGAACUCCGAUAA